AUGCGUCUGGCUGACGGCGUGCUGCUGGUGGUGGAUGCGCUGGAGGGGGUGGUGGCGGUGGCGGAGCGCGCGGCGCGGCAGGCGGUGGCGGAGGGGCUGGCGGUGACCCUGCUCAUCAGCAAGGUCGACCGCCUCAUCCUGGAGCUGAAGCUUCCUCCUGCUGACGCGUACUACAAGCUAAAGCACACCAUAGAGGAGAUCAACAAAGUGCUCUACGAGGCCGCGG